GAGAUCGAUGAGCUCCAAGACAUCCGCUUGACUCUUCUACACAAACAGCAGAGUGAGAAGAGACAGAAACAGAUAUCCAGAACCGGGAAGAAGCUGGCGAAGCUCUGGGCCUGCAAGAAGGCGGACAUGGAGAGGAAGAUCGACACUAUUCGACGGACUCGAGAUAGAGAAAUGCGCAAACUAAAAGCCCUGCACAACAUGGGAGGUCGCGUUGGUCUGGUGGAGGCCCAACGCGCUGCCCGGGGGGCCGGAGCCCCGACUGCUGCAGCUACGGACCCCACGUCUGACCUCCACGCCCCAAGGGCUAGACACGGGUACCAGGCGAGAAGAAAGCACGCGGAGAUCGUUUACGAUCCAUCAUUGUUAUUGCUGGAAGACCACAUGGUGGUAGCGCAGCCGCCCACCUGGCUGGAUCAGUGUGGGCAGAACCUCAACAGGUCGUGUUCCGGCCACCACCUGCCAAGGGACACGACGCAGCUCUGCGAACGGGAGACGAAGUGGAGCGAACAGUUCUUGGAGAACUUGCACAAUGAUCUCAAGAAGGCUCGUCUUGGUGCGGCGGCGUUCAGUGCUGGUCCGCUUCGUGUGCUCAAGCCACGGUGCUUGGUGGUGACCCCUCGACCUUCGACUCCAGUGGUGGAAGCUGUGCCAGAGGAGGAUGAAGCUUCUCACCAGGCCGCACUCACGCUGCAGAAGAUAAUUCGCGGACGAGCUGUACAGAACUUGGUAGUUAAGAUGUAG